CGCAGGCGCACUUGCGCUCAUCCCGCGGUGGCGGAGACGGCGACGGCGGCAACGGCAGCGGCGGCUGGGGCGCGGGGCAUGGUACUCGGGUCGGAGGGCCCGGCGCGCGCCGGGGGCCUCGUAGCUGACGUGGUGUUUGUGAUUGAGGGCACAGCUAACCUGGGGCCCUACUUCGAGGGGCUUCGAAAGCACUACCUGCUCCCCGCCAUCGAGUAUUUUAAUGGUGGUCCUCCUGCGGAGACCGACUUCGGGGGAGACUAUGGGGGGACCCAAUACAGCCUCGUGGUGUUCAACACGGUGGACUGCGCUCCGGAGUCCUACGUACAAUGUCACGCUCCUACCAGCAGCGCCUAUGAGUUUGUCACCUGGCUGGAUGGCAUUAAGUUCAUGGGCGGGGGUGGUGAGAGCUGCAGCCUCAUCGCAGAAGGUCUCAGCACAGCCCUGCAGCUGUUUGAUGACUUCAAGAAGAUGCGGGAGCAGAUCGGCCAGACACACCGCGUCUGCCUCCUCAUCUGUAACUCGCCCCCGUACCUGCUGCCUGCGGUCGAGAGCACCACCUACUCGGGGUGCACGACCGAGAGUCUUGUGCAGAAGAUUGGGGAGCGAGGGAUCUACUUCUCCAUCGUGUCGCCCCGGAAGCUGCCCGCCCUGCGGCUCCUGUUCGAGAAGGCGGCUCCUCCAGCCAUGCUGGAGCCACUGCAGCCACCGGCAGAUGUGAGCCAGGACCCGCGGCACAUGGUGCUGGUUCGGGGCCUUGUGCUGCCGGUCGGCGGUGGCUCAGCCCCAGGCCCCCUCCAGCCAAAGCAGCCUGUGCCCCUGCCUCCCGCUCCACCCUCGGGUGCCACGCUCUCGGCAGCCCCCCAGCAGCCUCUGCCCCCUGUCCCCCAGCAGUACCAGGUCCCUGGGAACCUGAGUGCCGCCCAGGUGGCUGCCCAGAAUGCAGUGGAGGCCGCCAAGAACCAGAAGGCCGGGCUGGGCCCUCGCUUCUCGCCCAUCAACCCUCUUCAGCAAGCUGCUCCAGGAGUGGGUCCCCCCUACAGUCGCCCAGCCCCCCCAAUGCCCUCAGGGGCCCCUGGCGCCUCCAAGCCACCUCCCGCUUCCCAGCCCAGCCUUGUCUCCACUGUGGCCCCUGGCCCUGGCCUGGCCCCCUCUGCACAGCCGGGAGCACCGUCCAUGGCGGGCACUGUGGCCCCAGGCGGGGUGAGUGGCCCUUCUGCAGCCCAGCUCGGGGCCCCAGCCCUCGGGGGGCAGCAGUCAGUCUCCAACAAACUUCUGGCCUGGAGCGGGGUCCUUGAGUGGCAAGAGAAGCCCAAGCCUGCCUCUGUGGAUGCCAAUACCAAGCUGACUCGCUCGCUGCCUUGUCAGGUCUACGUGAAUCACGGCGAGAACCUGAAGACGGAGCAGUGGCCCCAGAAGCUGAUCAUGCAGCUCAUCCCCCAGCAGCUGCUGACCACGCUGGGCCCCCUGUUCCGCAACUCAAGGAUGGUGCAGUUCCACUUCACCAACAAGGACCUGGACUCGCUCAAAGGCCUCUACCGCAUCAUGGGCAACGGCUUCGCGGGCUGCGUGCACUUCCCCCACACAGCCCCCUGCGAGGUGCGCGUGCUCAUGCUCCUGUACUCGUCCAAGAAGAAGAUCUUCAUGGGCCUCAUCCCCUAUGACCAGAGCGGCUUCGUCAACGGCAUCCGGCAGGUCAUCACCAACCACAAGCAAGUCCAGCAGCAGAAGCUGGAGCAGCAGCGUGGGAUGGGGGCACAGCAGGCGCCCCCAGGGCUGGGCCCCAUUCUGGAAGACCAGGCCAGGCCCUCGCAGAAUCUGCUCCAACUCCGCCCGCCACAGCCCCAGCCUCAGGGUGCCGUGGGGGCCUCUGCAGCCACGGGGCAGCCCCAGCCCCAAGGUACUGCCCAGGCCCCCCCAGGUGCCCCACAAGGCCCCCCUGGAGCGGCCCCCGGCCCACCCCCGCCCGGACCCAUCCUUCGGCCCCAGAACCCUGGGGCCAACCCCCAGCUGCGGAGCCUUCUCCUCAACCCCCCACCGCCCCAGACUGGGGUUCCCCCACCCCAGGCCUCCCUGCACCACCUCCAGCCACCAGGGGCCCCUGCACUGCUGCCCCCACCGCACCAGGGCCUGGGGCAGCCCCAGCUGGGGCCCCCGCUCCUGCACCCGCCACCCGCUCAGUCUUGGCCGGCACAGCUUCCCCCAAGGGCUCCACUGCCAGGUCAGAUGCUGCUGAGCGGGGGUCCCCGGGGCCCGGUCCCCCAGCCGGGCCUGCAGCCCAGCGUCAUGGAGGACGACAUCCUCAUGGACCUCAUCUGAAUCCCCGACACCCAAUAAAGUUCCUUUUAACACAC